ACAACUAAUUGGGCCUAACGAAGGCCCGUUGAUAUGACCAUCCUCUAUAAAAAGUUGCACUUUUCUUGCAUUUCAUUUCGUUUUCUCUGUUCUUUCUGUUGAAUUGCUGAUCGAUCGAGUCUGUCUCACUCAUGGCGGAGAUUGAGCUAAAAACAGCACCUGUUGAUUUUCGUUUUCCUACAACUAAUCAAACCCGACACUGUUUCACUCGCUACAUAGAGUUUCAUAGGUGCAUGACAGUAAAAGGUGAAAACUCAGGCGAAUGUGAGAAAUUUGCCAAAUACUACCGUUCUCUUUGCCCUGGUGAAUGGGUUGACAAGUGGAAUGAACAGAGGGACAAUGGGACUUUUCCAGGACCACUUUGAAAGCAUGUGUGUUUGAUACCCUUGUGACUUCUGAGACAUGGAAAUUCUUGAACACUUUGUUGGUUUAUUUUCUUGAAUACAUUUGAUUAUCUUUACCGAGUCAUGGUGUGGAUCAAUAAGGCAGUUUAUGAAUAUUCAUUGAUCCACAAAUUCUUGAAACCAUUUUCCAUUUUAAGCUAAUAUAAUGAUUCUUAUAGAUUA